UUGAAGUUCUGCUCCGUCACGUGCGAAUCGACCUUCAACACUUUGAUGAAAUUCUCGCGGUCGUGUGUGAACCACUCUGCAAAUAACAUGUCAUUUGUCAACUAGAGGGGGUCUUUGCACUCUUCCAAGGACGAGCAAUUGUUUGAAUGUACAAACAAAUAUUAUCGGCGACGUAUGCUAAUUGUUUAUAGUUUACAAAUAUAGUAAACAGUUGCUUGGUCUGUUGUGAUGGUGAUAAGAUGCUUCGCUAAUUCUUAUCGCAAGAAAGGAGCAUAUGUUCAAUUCGAACAAAUGCAGUUAUUGGAGCCGUAUUUGUUAGUGACUUUGGUGACUAACUUCCCUUUGCUGGUGGUGGGAAAGUACCGCAGGUGCCACAGAUCAGUAGGAUGGAUACGAUAAAGAGGCUAAAACUGCAGAACCUGAGAGAUGAAAUUGUUCAAGAUCUUGACGUUGAUGACAUUGUGGACGGCCUUCUUUCAUCUGCCGUGAUAACUGAAGAGGAACGGGAAAGUAUAUUUUCUGAAAAAACACGAAAAGCCAGAGUACGUCACUUGCUCGAUUUGCUACCGAGUAAAGGCUCAUGUGCGUUUGAUAAUUUUGUGAGAAAUCUGAAGAGUGAGUACCAGUGGCUUUAUUCAAAGUUAAUAGAGGACACUGAUCCAAGUCAAGAUGAAGAAAAAUUUCUAGAUGCCUUACUGUUAGGUGGAAUACCUCGCACCCCACCACACAACGUAGAAAGACAGGAGACUCUUCUGGAGCUACGUGCGAGUUUAAAGUCUUUAACUCGAGGCAAUUAUAUUGUGUUGCAUGGAAUGACUGGUAGUGGGAAGUCCUGCUUAGCUGCAGCUGCUGUUGAGAAUCUUCCACUGGUUACUAAAUCUUUCAAGAACUGCGUUUUCUGGCUGAGUGUGGGCGAUUCUGGAAGUAAUGUCUUGUCUCAUGUGAAUCACCUUUUGUGGAAGUUGCAAGCUACAGGGAGAUUAUUUCCUGAUGAAUUUCAGAGGCAGGAACUUAUGAAUCUGACUUGGUUCCGAGAAACACUUAAACGAUACUACACAGAUAAAGAUUUAAGAGAAGGUCUUCUUAUAUUAGAUGAUGUUGCCUCAAGUGAUGUCAUUGAUGCAUUUGACAUUGGCUGUAAAAUACUUGUUACAACGAAGGAUCUUGAAGUGAUGAGAAAAGUGCGAGGAAGGAUAAGCAAAACUAUUAAACUGAAUGAUGGUUUCAAAGAAAUAGAGACAUUGUCGUUGUUUGCUAAGUGUAUAAAUCAAACAAUUGAAGAUCUACCCCAUGAGGCAAGACAAAUACAUCGUCUUUGCAAAGGCAUUCCUAUGUUGGUAGCUCUUAUUGGUGCCAAUCUAGAAGAGCACAGUGAAGAUGCGCGUUCUAACAAAGGAAGAUGGAAUAACUUCAUUACAAUGCUUAAAUCAAAACACUACAGCUCCCCUGGACGCAGUACAUUUUACCAAGAUGAACUGUUAAGUGCAGUUGGGAUGUCUGUGGGAAAUCUACCAGAAUAUCAGAAGGAAAGAUUCCAGGAUUUUGCACUAUUUAAAGAAGAUGUGAAUAUCAAACCUGAGGUGCUUCAAGUUCUUUGGUCCCUUAACAAAUAUGAAGUAGAAGAUAUUAUGUCAUAUUUUGUUAAGAAAUCUCUAGCUGUCUCAAAAUGGAAUGAAGAACUCAAUAGUUCUGUGUAUGGCAUUCAUGAUAUUAUCUUGGACUACUUAAAAUUUGGCCUAACAAAGGAAAAGAAAAGGGAACUACAUAGAAAAUUGCUGGAAGCAUACAGUAAAAUCUGUGAUGGUGAUUUUUCAAAAUUACCAAAUGAUAAUUAUAUAUAUACCUACUUUGGUUACCAUAUUGAUGAGGCUGAAAUGUGGGAUUUAUACUCCAACCUUUUUAUCAGUUUACCUUUUGUCCAAGCAAAGUUGAAAGUCACUGGACCAGGUGACCUGCUUCUGGACUACAGAAAAUAUAGGAGUAACAUAGAUAAAGAGCAAGAGGAUUUGAAAGCAGUUGUUGAUGACUUUGAAAGAUUUGUGCACUCCCAUGGUUUGGAUUUGUACAAGUAUCAAGAUCUUGAUGCUGUUCAGUGUGCACUUAAAGAACCUAGACAGAGUUUUGUUUUUAAUGAGGCUUAUAAAAUUGCCAAGGAAUGUAAUACAAGGCUUUACCUUGAACAUAUCCUUAACCAAGAUUUCUCUUCAGACACACAAAGUCUUCCAGUAGAAGGAGGAGCUGUAACUGCCUGUUUUACACAUAGUGAAAAUAAGAUUAUUGUUGGUUGUUAUGAUGGAUCUAUAAAUCUAUUGGCAGUCGACUAUAAACAUAUACUUCACUCAUUUCAAGGCCAUAAGAAUCAGAUAACAUACGUACAAUGCCACUCAAGUAAUAAAAUAUUCCUGUCAUCUUCAGAAGAUGGUACAGUAAAAUUGUGGAGUUUGGAGGAUAUCAUUGACAAGAAAACAGAGAAACAGAAAUCGGGUGACAGUGGUACUGUCAGAACACCAUCUCCUCGUCUUCGUCAAACUAGUUGGAGUAAUAUGUUUUCUGAAAGUGGGUCGGAUGACAAAAGUAUUUUCACAUUCAGUAAACACAAAGGUGCUGUCUCUUGUGCCUCUUUUGCACACAAAAAGAAUGAAGUGGUGUCAUGUUCUGUUGAUGGAUGUGUGAAGGUGUGGGAUAGUGAAACGGGGGCAGAGAAGUUGCACAUAGAUGUUCCCAAUAAUAGCAAACCUAAUAGCUGCACUUUCUCUAAUGAUGAUACUCUGUUGUAUUUUGGUGGGGAAGAUUCACACCUUUAUGUCUAUAGUGCAGAAUUUGGUACAUUCCUUUCAGGAUUGGGAAAUGAUGGACCAAUAGUGACAAUUUUAGGUAUCCCAGAUUCUGAGUAUGAGGUAAUUGUUGUAACUGAAGAUUCAAUAAUAUGUUGGAGUUGGGAAGGUGUUAACACUACACCUCCUGAAAAUGUCAUAACCAGUGGUGAGAUAACAGCUACAUUGUCACUUGAAGAUUUGGAAAAACAGGUUCUAGGACGCUCUAAAGGCACAACAUUUGUAUGUGCCACAAUAACGGAAGACAGUGAGUUUGUCAUUACUGCAUCUUCAAACCAUAGUGUCUGCAUUUGGGACAUAAAUCCAAACGCAUCAUAUAUUGUAAAAGAAUACCAUGACCAAAGUGGGGAUAUAUACUGCCUGAGCUCUAUCAGUGUAGAUAGCAGUAUACACAGAUUUCUGUCAUGUACCAAUAAAAAUGUCAGACUCUGGAAAUUUGAUCCUUCUGCUUCUGGGAAUAAUGUCACUCUUCUAAGCACAUUCGAUGCAUUAUGGCAAAGUGACGACCUUAAUUUUACACUGCCUUUAUUUGCUGUUGCAGACAACACCAACAAAGUACAGGUUCUUCGAGGCAAAGAAUUGAUUUGUGAGUCAUCAAAAGAAGAGACCCAAAUCACAUGCUGCAAAUUUGUUACAACAAACUGUGUUGUAUAUGGAUGUGCAGAUGGUAUGGUAAAACUUUUUGAAGUAGAACCCAACAAAGUUUUGCACAUUGUGAAACUUAAUAAACCAGUGGUAUAUUUGGAUGUCUUUAAGUCUGUAAAAGAAAUAACAAUAACCGCAGGUGAUCAGACUGAGCUGAAGAUGUGGCAUUUAUCUGGAGAAGUACUUCCUUGUUAUGGGAUCAAAGAUCUGGUUGUGAAGUGUUUUUUGUUGUCUGAUACAAGAAAAAUGUUAUCAUGCUCUAAGGAUGGAAGUGUAAAGGUUUCAAGAAUUGAUACCGGGGAAUUGGAAGAAGUGAUAGUUGGCCAAAUACGAGAUGCUACAAUCACUGGUGCUGAUUUCUGCCCUCACCAAGAGAUACUGGCUAUGGCUGACAAAAACAACUGCUUUCAUAUCAUUUGGCUUACUAAUUCUGAAAGGGAACUCUAUUCUGAAACAAAACGAGUAUCCAGCCCUCCACAUUGCUGUUGUUUCUCACCAUGUGGUCAGUUGAUAGCUCUUGGGCAAGAAAAUGGCAGUAUUUAUAUUUGGAAUGUUACGAAAAAUUCCAUUCACUGUGAACUUAAUCAUCACCGUAGCCGAGUUAAGGAUAUUACAUUUGCACAAGGGGUUCCUGAUGGUGCUCUCCUUGUCAGUGUUGCGGAAACUGUGGCAUGGUGGAGUGCAGCACAGGCACACAAGUGCCGUCCCAACCGAGGUCGUCGCAGGCAGAGCCAACCUCCUUUUAACUUAUCGCUUCUCCCUGUGGAACCAACUCUAGCUGAUGUUUGGAUGACCAAAAUUCCUCACACAGGAAAUUGCUAUCUUCUUGGUUGUUUGAAACUUGCAGGUGCUGAUGCUGGACAGAUUGUUUGUUCUCCUGACUUCUCACAAUUUGCUACUGUGGAUUCUGCGGGCUUCAUUUAUUUACUUGGUGUGAUAAACUAGAGGCCAAAAAAUAUGUUUCAUAUAUUUUCCUGUCAGUGAUGUGUUGUUGUGAUGUAAAAUUGUACAGUUCCUUUUUCUUUCCCACUCUUCUGUGCUUUCACAGUAUGAAGAGGAACUCAGGGAAAGUCAUUUCUUUUCUGGUCUCUCGUUUUUGUGUCCAUCUUCCUUUUAAAUUGUAACUCAAUCAUGGGACUGAAUAGUCUGAUUGUGAGAUGAUCCUUUCCUAACUUGAUGGCGAGAACAGGCAGUUAAUGUGUCUGUUAGUAAACAAAGUAAAUUUUUAUAAGGUUAUUUUAUAGUGUUAUUUCAUAUUGUAUAUUAUAAUUGUUUAGUAAAUUUUAUAAGCUUAUUUUAUAGUGUUCUUUCAUGGUAUGUAUUAUAAUUGGGUAAUACAUGUUCAGAUGCUCAGAAUAUGUGUGUGUGUGAGAGAGAGAGAGAGAGAGAGAGAGAGAGUAAAAAGGAAGAUCGUCUCAUUUGCUUCUCCCAACCAUUAGAGGCAUUUCACUUUUAUUGAGAUUUCAUAAUGACCAGAGUUGAACUCGGUGUUUUAAACAUAUAUCUCAAUGGUGUGAUGAUGUGACAAUAACUCUUUUCUGUCACUAAUUAUGGUGUUCAGUAUUCAGACGUAGUUUUUCAGUUAAAUAUCAAUACCUGUUAUGCAUUUAUUACAUAUAUUAUUAAGAGCUGGGUCUGAGUGCAAUGAUUUCAUUUUGCUAAGGUUCAGUUUUAAGCAUAGGAAGUCGUACUUUUACUACCCUAUUGCCUAUGGACUGCAUAAGGGAACUGCUGGUGAAA